AGCAGGUGGUAUGGCCUCAACCAAUCAAGAGCAAAAUAAUUAGGUCUCUGAGUGGUUCUUACUCUAGCACACUUUCUGUACCAACUGAGAACUUUAAAGUAACUUUAAAGUAACAUGUCUCUUAGGAUUUUAGCCAAAUGAAAUACUAAUUCUGAGAGUUGUGUUAGCAUCAUAUUUUAGCUUUAUUAGUUGUGGAUCAUGUCAUUUAGAGUGAUAGAUGAAUAAAAAAAAUAGUUACACUGUUGGGGGAAAAUGGUCUCUUGUAGAAAGGAAAGAGUUGUGGUUUUGGCACUUGUGAGCUACUUAGUUCUGCAGUGGGUGUUUUCCUCCAUUGGACAGGAAGACAUGACAGGGAAUGUAAGUGUUUGUGUGAGUGUGCAUGCGUACUUGCAUUCAUGAUCAGCUAUUGUGUCUGAAAGACAUACAGAAGUACCGGUACACAGAGUCUUUGGCUAGAGGGUGUAGGUUCACAAUGCUGUUCACAAUGCUGUUGCCACAAGCUUUCUCUCUCCUAACCACCCUCACCCUCUCUACCCAAUUUACUGGUUUUAAGGAGAACGUUAGAGCAGCCGAAGGCAGUCCUUCCCACCUUCCUUGUCCCUCACCCUUUGGAUUUGAUGGGAAAGUUGUUUUUAAAUGGAAGAAAAUUGGAAGUCCUGGCAUUAUUUGCGAAUACAAUGUGAAUAGAGAAAUCAGUUCAGUCGUAUCCUGUAAAUCUCAAUUCAAGGUAACCGGACAACCUCCUAAGCUGUAUGUUACAGAGCCAAAGAGCACCGACUCUGGUCUAUAUACCUGCUUCAUAUCAAGAGUCAUACCACCACCAACCAUUGAGAAUUCCUCCUCUGUUGAUCUUCAAGUUACAGAGACCUACCAUGAGGACAACCUUUUGACUAUCAUCUGUGUCAGCACAUCCAUCGGGGUUGUGGCCAUCGCAGCUGUCACCAUAAGUAUUUACAAAUGUCGGCAGAGGACCAAUGAUGAAGGUGAUUCCGUCUCAUAUAACAACAAGGUGUACGAGAACUUCAGUUUCAGCACACAAACCCAACAGAGACAGACGACCACUGCGUCCAUCCAGGAACAAUGCAUUUAUGAGAACUAGACAAUCUUAAUCUCACUCUGACACCCUUGUUCCUCUUUUCAUCCGAGUUCAUAGAUGUGACAUUAUGACAUUGCCAGCAGUAAGAUUUUAGCUUGGUUUCCAAAAAGACAAGGCCUGUAGCUUUCAAAUGAUAUGUCAAUUUCUAUUUUCUGAUUAUUAUUUUUUUUUUGGGGGGGGGGGUUCAGAGUUUAACAGGUUAAAAUAUAUCUGACAAUCACACAAAAACUCUUUCCAAACAUUUACUCUAGGCAUACAUUGGGUGGUUGCCAUUGAUAUCAUUAAAUUGUAUAUAACGUUUU